UAGAACUACAAACCAGAGUGCAUGCAUAACGACGGUCCAAUUAGAACUACGAACCAGUUUUGCUUGACAACGGUAAGAUAAUAUGCCCAAACGCCCGCAGAAGAACAUUUCACUUCCAGCUGAUUAAAUCUAUAAAAAUCAAUAAAUAUAAAAGCAAACUCAUAUUGUCAUUGUUGGUACACGGCAUGAAAUUGAUGUGAAAUUGCAGGGAAAUUCCUACAGUAACCUGCUGUUUUAUUGAUAUACGGCACAUUGCUGAAGACAGAACAGCAUUGUGGGCGUUUUGCUCUUAACUGCAUAACACCGUUUGAAUUUGCAGUAAUUAACUGGAAAUUGCAAUGCAUAUUGGGAAGCCGUUGGUUAGUAGUGGCGGCAGGGAAUUUGCUAACAAAGCAAUGCCAAGUUUCGAGUGUCACACCUAAUAGGCUACGCGAAUUUAAAAGUAAUUAUAUCACAAUUUGUUCGUUUUUGAUUUCCAACAGAAUACGUUGAUCUGUAUUUCACAUUAAUUUUCUUGUUCUUUUCCAAGGCAACCCUGUAUUUCGAGUAUUUUUUGUUGCAGCUGGCUAGAGUGUCGCCGGAUUGCGCAGGUAGGCUACGUGCGUUUCGAAUUCAUUAAACUAGUUAGUAUCAUAACGGCCAAUCAUUCGCCAGCGAUAGCUUAGUAUGAAAGCAUGUUUCCGUGUCAGUAUUGUGGUCACCAAUGCUUAACGAAGUAUGCGUUUGUUAGGCAUGUGAAAGUACAUGCGAGUCUUCCAGCCGCGUCGUUUAAAUGCGCCUUCUUUGAUUGCACCCGUUCGUUCAGAAACAUGACGCGGUUGGAAUGUCAUGUAUAUCGAGAGCAUAAAGAUAAGAGGAGAGCACAGGUAACUGCAAUCGAGUGUGUAUCUUGUCAUGUAGAAUUUUGCAAUGUUAGAUGCAAUGAUUUAUCCAGUUUAAACUCUCAUUUGAAAUCUCAUAUCGGAGAGCGCAGGGCAGUUUCUUGUCCAUUUCGUCAGUGUGGGAGAACGUUUUCAGUCGUCUCUUCCUUUAUUUCUAAUUUUUCCACAGUACACAAGUCUUGUACAGUAUCCAGUCUUCUGGGCCAUGUAACAGUAGGAACAGAGACGAGACUAACGGCAACCAAUGAACAAGUUGAGGGUGUUUCAGUGUUGGAGGGGGAUUUGACUGAUGAUAAUGAGGGAGACCAAGCAGCGGUGCUGCCAGAGAGAGCAGAUGAAUCCCUUUUCUUGAACAAUUUGGCUUUCUUUUAUUUAAAGUUGCAGGCAAAACUUUUACUGCCAGCAUCAGUCAUACAGUCUAUUAUUGAGGAUUUUCAAGCAGUGCAUGAUAUCAGUCAGUCUCAUUUACUUCAUAAGUUGGACGAAAAGCUGGUAUCAUUGGAUAUCACUGACAAUGAGAAAGAGAAUGUCAUAGAGGUUCUUAAAUCCGAGGAUUUGUUUCGGGCAUGCAACACUGGUACCUUGAAAACUGAUCAAAGACAAAAAACAGUUUUUAAAAAUCAGUUUAGAUACAUUGAGCCAGUCCCACUUUAUCUUGGAAAGAACGAUUCAGGGAAGGAAUGUUUUGCUCAAUACAUUCCGUUAAAAGAUACACUUCGAUCACUCUUUCGGUGUCAGUCGGUCAAGCAGCAAACACAUAGCUACAAACAAGAGAUACAGUCUUUGUCUAGAUCAAGAGAUGUCUUGGAAGACAUCUGGGAUGGUAGCGAUGUGGCAGCAAAUGUACUGUUUAAGAAGUAGGAGAAAUCUCUUGGUCUGGUAUUGUACCAGGAUGCUUUUGACGUGGUAAAUCCGCUACUUUGAUUUAAAUGGUAUAGUCUUACCUGAUGGACAUGUGUACCGAGGAACAUUGUGUGCCAUAGCUGGAGAUAAUCUGGGAUCACAGAGUGGCUUUAGUGAAAACUUCAUCGGUAUGGCCGUUAUAUCGGCCAUUAUUUGACUUUUUUGACCACAUCUGGAUCGGCAGUUAUGCCGCCGAUGUGCCCCGAUUUUUUAAUAAGUAUAAUAAACAAAAAAAAAAAAACAAUGAUUAUUUAUCUGUACUUGUCUGUUCGAAAGUUGUAAUUGCUAUUUACUAGAAUUAUCCAGUAGAGGGAGCUCUAAUACAAGUGUGAACUGCAGCAGCUGACGCGCUACUUCUCUAAUAAGACGUUUGUUACUCGUGCCUCAUCCAAUAUUCUCCACUGCAAGACUUGUCUGCACAGAUUCGGUUGCGGCAAUAAAGGUGAAAAGAAAACAAUUGCAUCAUACAAAGACAGCGUGCAGCACAGCAUGCAGCAUAACGUAAGUACAUCAAAACUGUCACUGGGAAUUAAAUUUGAUUUGAUUCCAAAUUUAUCAAAUUAACCCACUUCCAUGUGUGCCAACUUGGUCUGCCUCCUUGUCUGGGCCAUGACUUAUUUUAGGGUAUCGUCGCAUAUGACUUAGCUCUAUACCCAAGUCAUUUUGUCACAAAUCAGAAAUUCUUCACGUAUAGAGAACUGAAUGGACAGCUUAAUCACUUCAGGUACCUUGGCAAUGACGCCAGCAAUAAGCCAUGCGAAAUGAAUCCAGGAAGUGAGAAAUUGAGUGGACAUGCUGUCCAGAAUUGGUGUUUCCUUAGACUUCUGCCUCUCUUGAUUGGGGACAAAAUUUAAAAUCCAGUUGAAAAUGAAGUUUGGCAAUUUAUGUUGCAGCUAAGGCAAAAAGUUGAAAUUGUUUGUGCUCCUGCCAUUGCAACUAGCCAGAUGGCCUACUUGAAAGUCCUUAUUGAGGAGUAUUUGCCAAGUCGACAGUAUUGUUUUCCUAAUCACCCACUUAAGCCGAAACAUCAUCAU